AUGGACUCAAGAACGGUGUUUGUCUUAUGGAUGUUGCUGUUGUCCACCUCUACUGGAAUCAAACUGGAUGGUAAUGGUUACGUUGACAUUGUCAUUGCAAUCAGUUCAAGGGUACCACAGGAUCACACGCUUGUUGAUAAAAUCAAGGAGAUGUUCACUGAAGGGUCGCUUUAUCUUUAUGAAGCAUUAGAUAAAAAGGUCUAUUUCCGAGAAACUACAAUCCUAGUCCCACCUCAGUGGAAUAGUAAGGAUUUUACCAAAGCAAGAACAGAGUCUUUUGAAAAGGCCAAAAUAAUAAUUGAUAAUCCUAAUCCAGUAUACGGUGAUGAACCCUACACUAAUCAAUACGGGGAAUGUGGAGCCGAGGGUCAAUACAUUCAUUUAACCCCCAACUUCCUCCGAGACAAGACACUCAUUAAUAUAUAUGGGGCAAAAGGAAGGGUCUUGGUGCAUGAAUGGGCUCAUCUGAGAUGGGGCGUUUAUGAUGAAUACAGUGAAGAAAAGCCAUUCCACUACUCUAAUGGCAAAAUUGAAGCAACAAGGUUAUAA